GGCGGGCCGAGGAUCGGCGGGGCCGGGCGGGCGGGGGCCCAUGUGCGGCGGCGGAGGCCCCCCCCCGCCCCGCAGUACCGGCGGCGGCCCGUUAGCAGGCAGGCGCCGCUAGGAGCGGCUCGGCGGCAGGAUGAAGUUCGCCGAGCACCUCGCGGCGCACAUCACCCCCGAAUGGCGGAAGCAGUACAUCCAGUACGAGGCUUUGAAAGAGAUGCUGUAUGCAGCCGUGGACCAGGCCCCUUCUAUAGAAGACACAGAUGAAGACACGGUAAAAAGAUGUUUUGCCACGUUUGAAGAGAAGUUCUUCCAAACCUGUGAGAAAGAACUUGCCAAAAUCAACAUUUUCUAUUCAGAAAAGCUUGCAGAAGCUCAGCGCAGAUUCACUACUCUUCGGACGGAGUUACAGUCAACGUUGGAUGCACAGAAAGAAGCCAGUGGGGCUUCCACGCUGCCACGGCGCAGAAAGCCAGUCUUCCACCUGUCCCAUGAGGAGCGUGUCCAGCAUAGGAAUAUCAAAGACCUGAAAUUGGCCUUCAGCGAGCUCUACCUCAGCCUCAUCUUACUGCAGAACUAUCAGAACCUGAACUUCACUGGCUUCCGCAAGAUCUUGAAGAAGCAUGACAAGAACCUGGAGACAACACGAGGGGCAGAGUGGCGCGUGGCUGAGGUGGAGGUGGCACCCUUCUACACCUGCAAGAAGAUCAACCAGCUCAUCUCUGAAACAGAGGAAGUGGUGACCAAUGAGUUAGAGGAUGGGGACAGACAGAAGGCUAUGAAACGUUUGCGUGUUCCACCUUUGGGAGCAGCUCAGCCUGUACCAGCCUGGACUACAUUCAGGGUUGGAUUUUUCUGUGGAUUGUUCGUUGCACUGAACGUGACUGUCAUACUUUCAGGUGUGGCUUUUAUAGAUGGACCAGAUGUGUGGCCACUGGUGAGAAUCUAUCGAGGUGGCUUUCUCCUGAUAGAAUUCCUCUUUCUCCUGGGUAUCAACACGUACGGCUGGAGACAGGCUGGUGUGAAUCAUGUCCUCAUCUUCGAGCUCAAUCCCCGCAGCAACCUGUCCCAUCAACAUCUCUUUGAGAUUGCUGGAUUUCUGGGGGUUUUGUGGUGCCUCAGCCUGCUGGCAUGUAUAUAUGGUAAAUUCAUCUACAUCCCUAUGCAGGUGAAUCCGCUCAUCUUGUAUGGCUGCAUGUUGCUUUUUCUCAUCAACCCUACCAAAACCUUGUAUUACAAGUCCCGUUUUUGGCUGCUCAAACUAUUGUUUCGAGUGUUCACCGCUCCCUUCCACAAGGUGGGCUUCGCAGAUUUCUGGCUGGCUGAUCAGCUCAACAGCCUGGUUGUAAUACUCAUGGAUCUGGAAUACAUGAUUUGCUUCUACAGCUUCGAGGUUCAGUGGACGGACAGUGAUGGGCUUCUGGCAAAUACAGAUAAUCAGAUUUGUUACAGCUACUCCUACGGAGUCAGAGCAGUUGUCCAGUGCAUCCCUGCUUGGUUGCGAUUCAUCCAGUGCCUGCGCCGGUACCGCGAUAACAAACGGGCCUUUCAUCUGGUUAACGCUGGAAAAUAUUCCACCACCUUCUUUGUGGUGACAUUUGCAGCCCUCUACAGCACUCAUAAAGCUAAAAACCACAGCGACACCCAAGUGUUCUUCUACCUGUGGAUUAUCUUCUAUUUCAUCAGCUCUUGCUACACCCUCAUCUGGGACCUGAAGAUGGACUGGGGUCUCUUUGACAAAAAUGCUGGUGAAAAUACCUUUCUUCGAGAAGGAAUUGUCUACCCACAGAAAGCAUACUACUAUUGUGCCAUUGUUGAGGACGUGAUCCUGCGCUUUGCCUGGACCAUCCAGAUCUCCCUCACUUCCAUGCAGAUCUUCCCACAUGCUGGGGAUAUCAUUUCUACUGUUUUUGCCCCACUUGAGGUUUUUAGGAGGUUUGUCUGGAACUUCUUCCGUCUGGAAAACGAGCACCUGAACAACUGUGGUGAGUUCCGUGCCGUCAGGGACAUCUCUGUGGCCCCGCUCAACGCCGACGACCUGACGCUGUUGGAUCAGAUGAUGGACCAGGAGGACGGCGUGCGGAACCGCCGCAAGAACAAGCAAUGGAAGCGCAGCCAGAGCAUAUCCUUGCGCAGACCUCGCCUGGCUUCACAGUCCAAGUCUUCUGACACGAAGGUAUUGAUAGAGGACCUAGCAAAAGAAGUGAACACAUGAAGCAGCAACGAUCUCUUAUUCAGCAUCCUUUGUUUUCUCGUUCUGCUCCCCUCUUCCCCAAGUAACCCAAUCUCUGGUACAGUUCCAGCUGCAAACAGGAGAAAACACUGAACACAUUUUCCGAGCUCUUCCAGACCAGAUCCUAUGGACUCCAACAAGCUCACUGUGUUUUGUUUCUUUUCUUCUGCGUUAAUUUUGAUGUCCUAUUUUAACAAACAAACAAACACAAAAUAAAACAUUUUACUUUCUUUUGCCAAUAAAGAGGACAGUUCAGGAAAGAAGGAUUGUUUACAGUCUCAACAAGGACAUACACACCUGUCUGGAUAAAGAAGCAUCAUAGGGACUCCCAUUUGGGACAGUGCCGAGAACACCCUCGGUUUCUGCUUGGCCCGGUUUUGACUGGUUGAAACCGGACUUAAGUUUUUAAAUCUGAUUAUUUUUGGUUUUAUUUUAUUUUUUUUCUUCAUAUCCAGCGCUGAGGCACUGGCUGCACUUGCAGGGAAAGUGCACUUAGAGCAGUACCUUCAUUCAUGAAGCUACUUUUUAAUUUGAUGUAACUUUUCUUAUCAUAUAUAUUUCUUUUUUUGGGAAAUGUGAUGUAUGUGUUACGUAUAGUUCUCACAUAAUUUAUGGAACCUAACAACCA